GGCGUUCAGGCAUUCAGACCCCUUCGCGAGGAUAUCGCCCAGGACCUCCCACGAGUAUUCCGAACAAUUAAUAAUACAAUUAAAAGUUAAGCGCGCGUACAUCCAUGGUAUUCAACUCGAUUCCUACAGGCAGUGCAAAAUAAAGAAACAAAAGUGCAGGCAUUAAUUAAUUUAAUGCAUGUGUACAAUAUCCUGGAAGUACAAAGAGGAUACACUAUAUAUACACCCUUUACACCGAACGCUUCCACCAAAAGUACAAUAGAGGAAACCAAAAUGUUCCAAGGCAGCAUCAAAGGACACAUUCGAUUGUCUCGAAGUGACUAGGUCAGGCAAGAAGGCCCUAGAUUAUAAUCCCCCAGAGAAUCCUCAGGAUGCACCAGGUACUUAGCUACGAGACGGCGGUGCGGGCCAACAGCUCCCGCGAAUUCCGCGAAUAUGUCUCCAAGCGCACGUGUGCCUCCCUGGUCCUAACGAUUGCCUUCUUCAUGCUGAUAUCAGGAUACUUGCUGGGCAAUUUUGUGGCCGAGCGCAAGUACCACAUACGCCAGAUGACAAAGGGCGUAGUUAAGGGUGCGGACGGCGAUAGAUCCGUGAAGCUGAAUAGCGCCGAAUAUGCCAGCCUGCAGGAGCUGCAAACGUACCAGAAGGCCAAGGGCAAGCUACUGGCGUCCGCCCAGGAUCUGGACAAGCUGCAGCAGCUGGAGGAGACCGAACACUACCUGGCCACCUCGCUGAACACGGAGAUCUUCAACAAGUACAUAUCCUGCACGCAGGACAUCCCACCCAACACGAACAUUGCGGCCAGCCAGUUCACGGAGCAGCUGAUCGACAACACGGUGGCCAGGCAGCGGCAGUGCAUGAGGAUCAUCCAGGGGGUCAUAGACAAUCACCUGGCCAACAGUCAGCUCUAGAUGCCGGAUUCUAGACCCCAGGAUUUACGGUUUAGUGGGCCAACGUUCGGAAUUAAUCACUUAUGUAUGUGCUUUUAGGUGUGCUCAAUGUGUGUGUUUCCAGCUAAAUAGAAAAUAACUUUUGUAAUUACAAAACUUUUUUAUACAUGUCAGCAUUUAAAGAAAAACUAUAAAUAAAUGUGUGGUUAUUAUAGCUAAA